AUGAAAACAACCGGAUUAUACAGGACUCUGAUAGGAAGCGAACAAAAGGAUGGACUACCGCUAUAUUUGCGGGGGACUCCAGAAAUGAAUAGAGCAGCCAGCAUAAUUUUUGGAUUAAGGGCAGGCUCAAACUUUACCAAUCAAUGUAGAUAUACUAGGCACAUUAUCGACAGUCCUGAUUCAAAUUCUGCGGAAAACCGGUGGAAGACGAAGCAUAUGUAA